AUGUCUAAUAGUCCUAAUAACCGGUUUAUGAAUCAGCCUUCAGGAACAUAUUGGCGACCAGUACCUAUACAACCACCAGCACCAAGUGAUCCCAGAAUUAUAAAUCAAUUUCAUUCAUAUGAGACUGAUAGUGAUAGCGAUAUAACGAGAACUUAUGGUACAAUAUAUAGUAAUACGAAUUCUCCUGAAAGCAGCACUCCAGAGGUUUCACCAAGAGCAACACCUGAAAUAUCUUCUGCAAUGCGAAUGCGAAUGAUUGCACAUACAUCUCGUCCUAUACCUUCCGUACAAAGUUAUGAUAAUAAUGGAAUGAAUUAUACAGAUGGUAUAGAUGACCAAAAUAAUGGUACAAGAGAAGUUUCAGAAAUUGAUGAAGUAAAUAAUGAUUUGAAUGGUGAAAAUAUAUCUCAGCAGAAUCAACUAGAUCAACUAGAUGAACCUACGAGACUUUUUUUAGUAACUUUACAAGCUUUACGUCAAAGAGUGCGCGAAUUAGAUUCCGAUGCAUGGAUUAAAGAAGAUUAUUUUAUGUUUUCGCUUUUGACUUUAACUAGCCAGAUCCAGAAAACUGGAGAAACAACUCGUGACAACUAG